GAUCCAGAUUGCCGACUCACCAACGGGGGAGGGACAUCUGAGAGAGACGAGGCUUCAGUCUCACCUGUACCUGCCAGAGGACACACUGAAGACUGUCUCACCACAGACACAGAAACUCAUCAACAGACAGAAACUCUGAUCGACAGACAGACAAAGAUGGAAAAAUGGAUAGCAGGAAAAAUAGGAGAUAUGGUGGAGGAUAAAGUGAAGGACUUCUUUGGUGGGGACAAGGACGAGGAUGAGGACGACAAGAAAGGAGGGUUCUUCUCAAAUUUCUUGGACAGAGACGGCGACGAAGAAAAGUUGAAGAAAAUGAGGGAGAAGCAGAGGGAAAAGGACGAGGAUGAGGACGACAAGAAAGGAGGGUUCUUCUCAAAGUUCUUGGACAGAGACGAGGACAAGGACAAGGACGACGAUAAGGAUCAUUUCUUCUCAAAGAUCUUCAACAGAGACGACGACGACGACGAUAAGGGGAAAGAAAAGAAAUCAGGGUUUUCAGGUCUGUUCAGUGAACUAGAGGGACCGAGUGCUGCCGGAGGCUACGAGGGAGGAGACAUGGGAGGAGGUGGAGGAGGUGGAGGAUGUGGAGGACAAACGAUAGCAUUAAAUGAUGGAGAUUUGUUCAAUGAUCUGAUGAAUGUGGCUGAAGAAACGAGUAAAGGGAAAUAAAACGUCAUCCUCACCUCUGAGAAAAAUCCUGAUUCUGCUGAAAAGAUUUUUCCAACGACUAAAAAUAUUUCUUCAUA